GUGUCAUAAAGGGGAUAAUUGCCAUUCCCCUUCGGCCACUAAAUGCGCUUCAUCAAUAGCUGCGCGUUCUGAUAUAUCCGUGUCCGUCUUCCACCUGCGCGCCGGAGCGCAAAAGUCAAAGCCCGACACGUUGGUCAGAGGUGAAUCCGCGAACAGGAACGAUGACAGGGAAUCAGUGGGGAUAUGGAAAAGAGGACGGUCCUUCAGUGUGGCACAAGAACUAUCCCAUUGCCGAGGGGGACCGUCAGUCUCCCAUUGACAUUGUCCCUCACCAGGCUAUACAUGACCCAAGUCUGGACCCGGUUGUCCUGAACUACGAUCAGUGUACUUCCAUGAAAAUUAACAACAGUGGACACUCUGUUGUUGUGGAGUUUGAGGACUCGGAUGACCGCUCAGUGAUCCGGGGAGGCCCUCUUGACAACCCCUACAGGCUAAAACAGUUUCACUUCCACUGGGGCGGAAAGGGCUGCCAUGGCUCUGAGCACACUGUUGAAGGAAAGAGCUACGCUUCUGAGCUUCAUUUAGUACACUGGAAUGCUGUCAAGUACAAGACGUUUGGGGAGGCCGCAACUGCUCCCGACGGCCUCGCGGUCCUCGGCAUCUUUUUAGAAACAGGUGACGACCACAGGUGGCUCCACGUGAUAACAGACGCUCUGUACACGGUGAAGUUCAAGGGUAGUGUUGCAGAUUUCAAAGGUUUCAACCCCAAGUGCUUACUGCCCAGCAGCCUCCACUACUGGACCUACCUGGGAUCCCUGACCACACCCCCCCUGCAUGAGAGCGUCAUUUGGAUUGUCUUGAAGGAUCCAAUCACAGUGUCUGAAAGACAGCUGGGCAAGUUAAGAACACUCCUGUUCUCCGGAGAGGAGGAGAAUGAGAGGGUGCACAUGGAAAACAACUUCAGACCUCCCCAGAUUCUCAAAGGCAGGAAAGUGCGUUCCUCCAAUUAAUGUGACCCCCCCAGAGGUCUGAAGUCAAAGAUUAUGUGGUGUAAAUUUGACUGAAUGAAAGGGAAACGUACAAAGAACUUUUAUCUUUGUAUAUUUUACUAGACUUCUGCACAGAAGGACCGAGCUGAACAGUUCAAACAACUGCUCUGGAAUCAGUACUGAGAGUAUAGUAAGUUUUUAUAUGCUUAAGACAGUAAAUCAAUGCAGAUAUCGUAGGGAGAGAAUUAAAUGAGUUAGGGAUGUACAGAGAGGGGUUUUUCAGUCUGUGGGACUUCGAGGCCAAAUGGAUAUUGAGUCAAUGCAAAGUUCAAGUUCAGCUGGAAAAAGAGUUCUGUGGAACUUUCCAUUAUACAAGUGGUUUGGCAGAACUCAGACAAUUAAAAAAAUCCAUUAAGGAUUGAACAGGACUCAAAUCCCCCAGGGUGAUCAUUACAGUACUGUGGUCAUGUGUACUGCAUGGAAUGACAUAAAAGAUGUACAAUACAGUUACACACACACACACACACGUCAUAUCAUAACCAUGGGAAAAUCCCAACACAAAGGAAGCAAACGAGUAAUAGUUAAACGUAUCGUAAAGGGUUACAUAAUUAUCAGAGAAACAAACAUCAGUGAAAUCACGCCAUUAAGAUUACACCUACGUCAUCAAUCUUGUGAGCAAAAGAUAAAUUGGAUACGUACCUCUUUGAGCAUCACACAAAGGUGCUGUUUUCUAAGCCUGAGAAUGCUUAGUGUUCUGCAAUGGGAGCCAGUUUCGGUCAAACAAAAGCGCUUUGAGAACAAUUAUUAAAGACAUGGGAAAGAAAAGGCACAUUUGUGUCGCAUAGACCACAAAAACCUGGGUGUCGAAAUGAAAGCCAUGGCAGAUCAACAACAAGAUUACAAAAUAUAAAGUGGCAAAACAGCAGCAGGUUCUCUCUGUACAGAACAGGACCAAAGGUCAGGGCUUCGUGUUAGUAUACAGAAUUUAAGCCAUACAAACAGCACAGGACCAAAGGGGACUGAGGCCUUGACAGCAGGUGCUUUUUAAGGCCUGCCACUAAUUGGCCGUUUGGUUGGGGAGGAGCCAGUCAAAAGGCUGCGUUCCCAACCCCACCACAUUUGUAGUUCGUUUCCGCUGAUGUGUUUGAUGGUAGCUUGGCAGCUCCAACAGAUGGUUGGCGUUCGUCAGGUACCACGACGCGGCCGCUGGUAGCUACAGAAUAUUAACACAAGCGUGUGGCCCCCCUGAGGUCAGAAGCUUCAACGGCACAGCGACCAAGCAUUUAUUGAAUGUUUUAGGUCAUGAAAGGGAUACAAUGAAGCAAUAUAACAAUAUUAACGUUGCAAGUUUGUUAUUUGACUAAUAUGUUUCACAUUAUUUUAACAAGCUGUAUGAUAACGAAAAUGUAAAAGUUGAAUGUGUUGCAAAAGCUUGUAAAAGGUGCUAUCAUAUGUACCUAAUACAUUGCAAACGGGUACCAUUCUGCCGUCCCCAGAUACACUGCCUUGGCCUCCUUACUGAUCCAGAUUGAUCCCUCGUUGAUCCAGCCCUUUGCUGUCUGAUACCCAGCCCCUGUGAGCAUAGAUCCCCUCCAGUCCAACAAUCCCAACUGAGAGGGGGG